GCCAAAAAUCACGUGACUGACAUUUCCGGUUCCUGUCGGUAGACAACAUUUCUUCAUAUAAUCUUAUUUGAAGUUAUUCGCCCUUAUCAUUAGCCUUUAAAGCUUUAGCAUACAUGACGAAGAUGAAGUAUUCAACUUAAAUAAUCUGGCUUGUAUUUCCCCUUAAACGUUUAGGGUAAUAUCUUGUAUGAGAGCGGUAACCAGAAAACCUACCAAAAUGUCAACACACAAAAGCUCAGCCUCGGGUGAUGAUGCUGAUGAUGUUAUGAUCAUCGAUGACGAUUCGGAUGAUGACAAUACGGUUUCCAAUUACUUGUCAAACGUGAAGUCAUUGAAUGCUAUGAAGGCCCAUAGAGAUUCACAAAAUGCACGUGUAUUGGCAGAGUUGGAUAAAAUCAACAAACUUGACAUCAGUGACGAGGAAAAGACAAAGCAGGCUAAGCAGCUUAGAAUGCUGAACUUUGUUAAUCCGGGGAAGUUCAUGGAUGAUUUUGAUCCUGAAAGAAGUGCAAGAGAGCUAAAGAAAAUGAACAGGAGAUUAAAUAAGGAUAAAACGGCAAAGAAGAACCAGAUGUACAAUGACAAGGGUUUAUUGGUUGCUAAUGGCAGGGAUUUGUGUGACUGCCUAGAAGUGGACUGCAUAGGCUGCCAUUUUCCAUGCCCAAAAUGCAAAUCAGAAAAAUGUGGUGGUGACUGUAGGUGUAACCGGAAGUGGGUGUAUGAAAAAGUUGAGAGUGAGGGCACUGGGACUACUUUUAACUGGCCUCCAGAGGCAAUGACCUGAUGUGGUUUGGUUGAAUGGAACCUGUGUGUUUGGAAAUGAUAAAAUAUAUGAUAGUGUGAUCAUGUGUUAUGUGGAUGUACAGCACAAGACAAAUUGUCAGACUCAAACUGGAUGUAUCUUGAAUAUUCCUAUUCUUUGAGUGGCUACAAAUGUGUACUGGUACAAAUGUGAAAAUCAAGCUUAACGCAUGUGUGUAAUUUGAGUCCCAAAUUAGCCUGUGCAGUUGUAACAGUCUAAUCAGGGAAACACUUAACGCUUUUAUGGAAAUUUUUGUUAAAAAAUGUACUUCUACUAAUAAUCCAAUCUUAGCGGAAUAUGUUGUCCCUUAUUGCACUUUGUAACCUAGGACGCUAAAGAACACUCGGGCAUACAAUAUGCAAAAACCAUAUGCAGGCAUAUUUUUGUUGUGCAAUAUAACAGCAGCUCUUCUAUACUUAUUUCUUGUUUAAACCAAACAUAGCUAUUGAGUUGUUUGUAAUACUUGUAAUAGCUGAAUGUUAAUUAUUCAAAGUAACUGAAUAACAUAAUCCUUGGAUUGAAAUAGCCGAAGCCCCAGUUAACCCAUUUGCAUGCUGGGAAAUUUUUCGUCUGCUAAAAUGUUGUCUGCUAAAUUUUCAAAAUUAGCCAUUUCUUCGAUUUUUUUCUUCAAAGAAUACUAUCAGAAUAGCAAACAGUUUGGAUCCUGAUGAGACGCCAUGUUCUGUGGCGUCUCAUCUGGGUCCAAACUGUUUGUUAAGGCCUUCAAAUUUCGGUUCCAGCACUGAAAGAGUUAAAAACUACUGGUACUUUUACUGUUAAAUCCAUCUCGAUUGUUAUAAAAUCUUGAUAUUCUUUAAAGACUAAAAUAGUUGUACAGUUUUUAAAUCAAGAUUCUUAAGAUUUCUGUUCAUACUAGUGUCACUUCAUGGCAGCUGUCAAUGUCUAUACUCGGUGUCUUCCAACUGAUGGAGUGGAGAUUCGCAUUUGUUACAUUCUCUUGUUCUAUGGCUAUCAAAAUACUUGACAAUCUGAAACACAAUUUCAGGUCUUAAGGUUCUAGUUCACAAACAAAAGUGUUUUAAGUCAAGUAUGAACAUUAAGUCAUGCCUAUUUAAAUAAACAAAAAAUGUUAAGUAGAUUGGCUAGAUUCUAUGAUUCCAAUCAUUCAGACAAAAAAGUCUUGACAUUGGUGAAAAUAAAGAACAUUUUUGUAUUGUAAAAUUAAUGAUUGAGAGAUCAAUAAGAGUGCAAUAAAUUUGUGAUUAAUAAACAACACUUG